UGUAGCAGAAUCACACACCACACAAAGUGCCGGAAAAGUGUAUUGUCAUCAACAUCAGCACAAAAUACCAAAUUACUUGCCUCAAAGUCAAUUAUUGUUUUCACCAAACACAAAGCCGAGAUGGCCGUUGCCUAUGGAAGGGAUCCCUCGAGGUAUUUGCCAGACUACGACACCCAGGUGCCGAGGCAGCACCACUUCAGCCCCUACGCGAAUAACGGAGGGAGUGUAGUUGCUCUUUCUGGGGACGACUUUAGCUUGAUAGCAGCAGACACCCGUCUCAGUACUGGUUUUUCCAUUUACACGCGUGAUCAGGAAAAACUCUUCACACUUUCCCCAAACACUGUUUUGGGAUGUACAGGAUGCUGGUGUGAUAUUUUAACACUCACCAGAGUGGUGGCUGCUCGUACGCAGAUGUAUCAGCACGAGCAUCAUAAAGAUAUGUCAACUCCGGCUGUAGCCCAAAUGCUGUCAACAAUGCUUUACCACAAGCGAUUUUUCCCUUACUAUAUUGGAAAUGUCUUGGCUGGUCUGGAUUCAGAUGGCAAAGGCGUCAUUUACAGAUACGAUCCAGUUGGUCAUAUGGAAGAGAAUAAAUUUUUUGCCACUGGAUCAUCUGGUGCCCUGUUGCAACCACUGCUUGAUAAUCAGAUCGGUUAUCAAAACCAAGAAAAUGUAAUAGAAGUUAAAUUGACCAAGGAGAAGGCAGUGGCUAUCGCCAAAGAUGUGUUCAUAUCAGCUGCUGAAAGAGAUAUUUACACUGGUGAUGCGAUCACCAUUAAAAUUAUAACUCAAGAUGGUAUUGAAACUGAAAAAUUCGAGUUGAGGAGAGAUUAAUCAAUUUUUUUACGGACGGUCCGUUUUCAAUUAACAAGUUGUAUUUUCUAUUGAAAUAUAAAUACUUCUAUAAUAUCGAG